ACCGUCAUAAAACAUCGAAGUGGUUUACGUUUGCUGGUGACGUGUUGCUAAGAAAUCAAGAUGCGGCUACUUAUUUUCGCGUUUUCCGUGCUAUUUAUGUGCAUAAAUGCACAACAAAAUACGCUAGUACUUCUAGACAAUCAAGUUGUGAAGGAAACGCAUUCUAUGUUCUUCAGAGCGUUGCAAGAAACUGGUUAUGUGCUAACAUUCAAAUUGGCUGAUGAUGCCACCCUACACAUUUCAAAAUAUGGGGAAUUCCUCUAUGACAACAUCAUCAUUUUCGCCCCAUCUGUGGAAGAAUUUGGCGGACAACUAAGCUCUGACGCAAUAAUCAAAUUCGUUGAUAACGGCGGCAACUUACUUAUCGCUGGCGACAGUAAUACUGGCUUUGCACUCAGAGAAAUUGCCUCUGAAAGCGGUUUCGAAGUCGAUGACGACGGUGCCCAAGUAAUUGAUCACUUAAACUACGAUGUCAACGAUGAAGGUCAACAUACCAGAAUUGUCGCCGGUGUGGAGAACCUUAUCGAAGCCGAUGUCAUCACCGGAGAUCGAACUACUCUGUAUCCCAUGUUGUUCCAGGGAACCGGCAUCUUAGCCGAUCCUUUGAACCCACUGGUAUUGCCUAUCUUGACUGCGGACAGUACUGCCUAUUCAUACAACCCAGAACAACCAAUUAAAGACUAUCCACACGCAGUUGGAAAGAAUACUAUUCUUAUCGCCGGUCUUCAAGCGCGUAACAACGCGCGUGUUGUCUUCAGCGGAUCACUCGCCUUCUUCUCGGACGAGUUCUUCCACGCACAAGUCCAAAAAGCGCAUGGCGGUAAACUACAUGAAAUCUCCGGUAACCAGGAAAUAGCACUACGCAUCACUAACUGGGUAUUCAAGCUGAAGGGCGAGUUACGCGUCAAGUCUGUGAAGCAUCACAUCGCAGGUGAGACUCAGCCGCCAGCAGCAUACACGAUUAUGGAAGAUGUAGUCUACACCAUCGAGAUUGAAACCUUCAAGAACCGCAAAUGGCAACCCUAUGAAGCCACAGACAUUCAACUAGAGUUUGUACGCAUUGAUCCUUUCGUACGCACCACACUCAAGAGGAAACCAAAUGGCGCAUAUGAGGCAAAGUUCAAAAUUCCGGAUGUGUAUGGCGUUUAUCAAUUCAAAGUUGAUUAUGAUCGCAUUGGAUACACUCAUUUAUAUAGCACCACACAGGUGUCAGUCAGACCAUUACAACACACGCAGUAUGAGAGAUUUAUUCCGAGCGCAUAUCCUUACUAUGUGAGUGCGUUCUCAAUGAUGGUCGGAGUUAUAUUAUUUUCAAUCGUGUUCAUUCAUCAUAAAGAUGAGCCAGCAGGCAAGAGCAAACAUGAAUAAAUUGUGUACUACUGCAUUAAUAGAUACAAUAGAGCGCUUUUUAAUAAAAGUGUAUACAACGUAACAAUUUCCACUAAUAAAAUAUGAACCACUUAAAA